AUGUUACAUGAAUCAUGUAACAUGAUAUCAAUGCAAGUUUCCCCCAGUCUUCGGUUGUGCCAAAGUGAAAUUAUUUUAUCACGUUCUUUCACUCUGAAAAGAAAAGUUGUGAUGAUGAGACAUUUCAAGAUUGAGACAAUGUUGAAUAGCAAAUAAAGUAAAAUUUCAGGUCCAUACUACCCCCCAGAAAGAGUACCAUGCCUUGCUGUAGAAAUUAUGUGCUAUAAAGUGGUAAACUAAUACAUUACAUUGUGAAAUUUCUGAAACAUUCUCCGUGACUUCAGACAAUUGAGUUCCUGAUGCAUCGUGCCAAUGUCCGAAAGUUGUACAAAACCAUCCUUCGCCUCCAUCGAGGCCUUCCGGACGGAAUGAGAGAGUUGGGAGACCAGUAUGUCAAGGACGAGUUUCGUCGACACAGGACCAUUGGGAAGGAAUUCGUAGCCCCCUUCAUGGUCGAGUGGUCGGAGUAUGCUGCGACUCUGGCAAAACAGCUUGGGCUCAAAGGUCCCAGGUCCGCAUCAGGUCACAUUGGGCGACCCCUUCCUGAAGAGAAGCUGGAUGAUUUCGAAGGUCAGCAGAUUUACCAGUUGUACGAGUUGAAAAAAAGUAUUGCUCCAAUUCCUGGAGAAGACGAUGGUAUGAGUACGCCCAAUAGUCGUGGCAAUGAUGACGCAGUAAAGAACGUGGAUCGGUCAGGAAAGAGAUGAUAAUCUGCAUAUUAGUACCUCAUUUGUUAAAUAUAAAUGUUGCUACCCUCUCUCUAGUCAAUGUUUAACUAUUCAUUCUUGAAUUGUGUAUGUUAUAUGAAUAAUUACGAAAAACAUCAGCAGGCUAAAGACAUUUUUUAUUGCAAUGCGAGUUUAUUGCGAACAGUGUAAAUUUAUAAUCAACAAUAAAUUGUGUUGCAAUACUGGAAAGUUCAUUAUUAUUUUGAA